UUCCUCACCUUUUCUCCUCCCUUUGUUGUGUGUAGUGCCUGCAAAAGCUUAUAAGAUGUUGUAAUAGAUUUGUUGUAUCUACUGUAUUUCUUAUUGUUUUAUGACUAUAUGUAGGGCUUGAUUGGUAGCUCUUAAUAAGCUAUAAAACCCCGAAAAGGCCCAACCUUGCAUCCCUUUUACUACCUUCUCUUCUGUUUGGUAGAUCUAGAUCUAGUCGGCAAACCCGGAAGAAAAACGUCGGAUCUUCCACAAAAUCAUACUGAUUUCGGCGUUUUCGGCAAUUCCUUUUCUUCGAAAUUGUGUGGUAUUAAUUUUUGCUGCAUCUUCGACAAAGACAAUUUCCUCUUCUUACCGAUUUUGCCCUCCAACGGCUCUGCGACGCAGCUGUUGGUACCAAGGAAGAAGGAGGCAGGAAGGCCCAAAUUCGUUGCUCUAUAAUCACAAAUUCAAGCCCCUGCAGGAUGGAUAAUGACAGGAACCAAAAAAAAGAAAGGAAACUGAGGCUGUUGUCCUAAUGGUUGAGGACGUAGUCCGUACCCAACAACAAGAUUUGCUCACGAUGCUGAACAUGGUCCGAGCAAUGAUUUCAUCACAAAAUAAGGGAUGGGGUGGACGUGCAGCAAUUGGCUACAGCUUGUCUUCGAAAGUGCCCGCCCAAGUUAAGUACAAGGAUCGACUGUAUGGCGUCACUGAUACGGAUUGCAUAAGCAACUUGAGGACGGACCGCAACGCAUUUGGGCGUUUAUGUCGACUCAUCCAUGACAGAGCAGGUAUGGUUGAUCAGCGAUAUGUCCACGUCGAGGAGCAAGUAGCUAUGUUCUUAAGUACCCUUGCUCACCAUAAGAAAACAAGGAUUGUGGGGUUCGAUUUUAUUAGAUCCGGCUACACAGUCAGCCAUUACGUGAAUGAGGUGUUGCGUGCUGUAAUUCAUCUUCACACGGUUCUCCUUGUUCAGCCUACGCCAAUUGAUGAAACUUGUGAUGAUGCACGGUGGAAAUGGUUUAAGGGGUGCCUUGGGGCACUGGACGGGACGUACAUUAACGUCCGUGUCAGCACAGCAGAUGCACCAUGAUACAGGUCACGGAAAGGAUUGAUAUCUACAAACACUCUUGCGAUCUGCGAUAGGUUCCUUCGAUUCGUCUAUGUCUUACCGGGAUGGGAGGGAUCAGUGGCUGAUUCACGUGUCCUUCGUGAUGCCGUUUCUCGUCCAAAUGGGCUCAAAGUCCCCAAAGGAUGUUAUUACUUGUGCGAUAAUGGUUAUGCCAAUAGUGAAGGAUUUCUAACCCCUUUCAAAGGAGUUAGGUAUCAUCUUAAGGAGUGGGGGCCACAAAAUCAGAGGCCGACUAGUCCCCGCGAACUCUACAACAUGCGACACACGAUGGCACGGAACGUGAUCGAGCGUGCAAUUGCAGUAUUGAAGAUGCGGUGGGGUAUAUUGCGUAGUGCUAGCGUCUAUCCCAUUCAAACUCAGUCACGACUCAUUAUGGCAUGCUUUCUACUGCACAAUUUCAUUCGAGGCGAGAUGCGCGACGACCCCAUCGAGCAAGAAAUGGACUCCGAUGGAGUAGGGGGGCAGCCUGCGGACGGGAAUGAGCAGGACGAGGCCGACUAUGUGGAUACAAUCGAAUCUACACCAGCUUGGAACCAAAAGCGCCAAGACCUAGCUGACUUUAUGUGGCAGCAUCAGUAGGUACCUUGGUGAAUCCGUGUCAGCCCCAAAAUUAAACCCUCCCUUUUGUUGGCUUCAAGACAUUUUAUGGCCUUUGGUUGCUUUUUUCUUUGAAUUGUUGUGGAGUCUGAACUAUAUGCACUUGGUGAUUGGCGAUGCUUGCUUUUAUGGAUCUCGUAUUCAUUUUGGUGUUUGAUUA